GGCGCAUCGAAGGCCGACGAGAUUAUGCUCGGCGCGUACGACAUCGCACUCAGCAUCGCCGACUCGGCCCAGACGCAGGUGGAAUCAUUCAAUAAGGAAGCGGGCGUCAACGUCGCCAUCCAGGGCUCGCUGCUCGCCUUCACGCUCGUCAUCGGCCCACUGCUCAGCAAAGGCUUCGGCAAGUGGAAGGCAAAAUACAGGCCCAACAUCCAAGUCGCAAAUCGUCCUCGCCGCGGCGCAAUCAGUCUGUCGUCAUCGCAGGCGAAACGACUGCGGUUUAAGGUCGGUGCCAUUGCUGCGGGUAAGGCGCUCUUCCGCGGAGUCCUGUUCCUGCUACCGCUCGCCAGCGCUGGUCUGCUGCUCGGGUUCAGCAUCAAGCAGGAGUCAGAUGUCCACAGCUACCUGGUCGAGUCGCUGAAGACGCUGAGGGAAGCCAAGUUCGAGCUGCUGGCAAAGAACAUCAACGCGACACGCACGGAGGCGGAGCAGGCGGCGUCGUUCGUCGAAUUCAAUGAGAUUUUCGUUAACAUGACGGCCACGUACGAGUACGUCUCGCGUCCGGCGACAGACACGCUCUGCACGGCCUGCACCGACUGCCAGGACCUGUCGAGCACCUACUGCACGGAGAAAUGCAGCGGUGACGCGGCUUGCGUGACGAAGUGCCAGGCAUCCCGGGCGCAGAAACUGUGCGCGUCGUGCCGAGCCACGGCCGGACUGUACGUGUGCGACGCCGUCACGACCAAAGUCAGCGACAAACUCGAGCAGGACAACAUGAACGUGUUGAAGACGUUACAGGAGAACUUCCUGAAGCUGCUGACGGCGCAGAAGAACUCGCUCAAGUUCGUGCUCGGCUACAUGAAAGAUCGCUCGGACGCUCUCACUUACAUCGUCAAAGCAGCCACGCUCACACCGCCGAAGACACUCGCCGCCAUCGUACAGGACCUGCAGCUCAGCCCCAACUACCCGGACUACACGCGCAAGCAGGUCAUCGAGUUCCUGCACGCUGCAAAGCCGACCUGGACGACGUUCGACGGCUGUAGUCUGACGACGGGCGCAUGCUGGGACACGAUCGUUGCCGACGGCGUCUCCAAGAGCCAAGCUCCGUCAGACAUCCUUGUCGAGGUAAACAAGCUGGAUGCGACGAAGACGCUGAAUGAAGUGUUGGCGGCGAUCAAGGGGUUGCGUCCGACGCUAACGCAGUAUCAGUUCUGUCUGCUCGCGGCGCCAUUCACCUGCGCCGAGACGAAGAUCAACGCGUGGAUCCACGCGACGCCUAAACGCAGCGUCCCCUUCAUGCAGGAGUUGCUAUUGGAACUCGGCUUCUCUACGAUCACUGAGAAACAGGUGUUGACCUUCGUCGCCAAGCUGCUGCCUGGACAGACCACGUACAAGGGUUGCAGCCUCACCACGCUCACGUGCUGAG